CUCCAAUUCCACGAGGUGCCCGCGCCCGCCGAAUCCGAGUACCCGCGCUCAGUUUGGGCCAAAAUUCGGACGCGCGCGCGCUCUUUCUUCUCUCCUUUUCCCCGCGCUCUUCUUCACCCACAUCGAUCAGAAAGGAUAGCAGAACCAGGAACCAGGAGGCGACUGGAGCUCCCGUCGGCGGCGGCAACAGCGACGCGGGUCGGUUUCGUGACAAACUUUGGGCAGCCAACCAGAUCAAGCCCGAGGUGCGCUGAAGUACAUCUGUUUAAGAUCGAAGCUGCCUCUGCCAACGCUACCGAUCCUUCUACAUCCGUGGUGCACGAGGUGAUCUCUUGAAAAAAAAUCCUGGAUGGAUGAGAUGACAGAAUCUGAGAGACCUGUGUUUGAUUCUAACCAAGAAUUUAGCAUGUUAGAUAAGAUUCUGACACAAACCCAGCGCUAUUCGGAACUUCUCCUCGAGGAAGUACCUACAAAAUCUACUGCUGAUGAAGCUGCCCUCACAGAAGAAGAAAAGUGGAAAAAAGAGCAAGACAGGCUUAUUCCAUCAAUGAUUGGUAUCAGGGUGAAUCCUUACUUCAUAAAGGGUGUCAAGUGGCUAAAAUUGCUGUGGCAGAAUGGGCUAAAUGGGAUAAUAGAGGAUCCAGUGGAAUUCAGGGCAGUACACCAGACACUUUUAUUUCUUGCUCAUCUCAAGGAGAAUGGUUUGCAUGGUCCAUACAUGAUAGUUACGUCUGAGAACAAGACUGAUAUCCCAUACUGGUCGUGUGGGUUCAGACUGUUCCCCACUAUGAAGAAACUGCUUUAUUUUGGAGAUAAAAAUAGUCGGGCAAACUGGAGGAAAGAGUUAGUGCACAAAACUGUUGGCCCUGAUUUUCCGAUCAUAUUAACUACACAUCGUACGACCAUGUUAGACAAACGAUGGCUUGCUGAUUAUAAGUGGAAAUAUGUUGUUGUGGAUGAGAGGAGUCAAACGAAGCAGUGGGAGUACGAAAUAUUUGAAAAGCUAAAGCACCUGCCAGUGGAUAAUAAGCUCCUUUUGGUAAGGUCAUAUUCUACAAAGAGCCUAGCAGAUCUGCGGUCGCUAUUGAAGUUUGCUUUGCCUCGUGUGCUCUUCUCAUGUCUUGAGGAAUUUGAUUCAUGGUUUAAAUUUUCUGGCAAAGAAGGUGAGGAACAACAAAAUGAAGAGGAAAUAAGAACCCAUCUUUCAAAGCUUCAUGCCAUUUUGCGUCCAUUCCUUCUAAGGCAGAUGGAGGAUGUAGAAAACAAGGUCCCCCAAGAGAAAAGUGCGACAUGCUACAAAGCUAAAGUUGUUCAGCACCCGAAUGCAAUUGGCGUCAAAUGCUCUAAAAACCAAGCAACGAAAGAAGUCAUAAGGACUGGUGCUGAGAGUUGUCAAGCUGUAACAGCAGUGGUUCCCCAAAAGAAAAGGCCCGCAUGCUCAGAUGCGAUGAGUGUCACAUGCUCCAAAGACCAUGCAGUGAUAGAAGGUGCAAGGACCGGUGCUGAGACUCAAGCGGUAGCAGCAGAGUUUCCCCAAAAGAAAGGUGCCACAUGCUCAGAUGCCAUUAUUGCCACUCGCUCCAAAGACCAUGCUGUGAUGGAAGGUGCAAGGACUGGUGCUGAGAGUUCUCAGGAGGUAGCAGCAGAGUUCGUUUCUGAAACAAAUGGUAAAGGUAGUGCUGACAUGCGAUCCAGUCAAUUUUGCCUGCCAGGCAAUGAGGUUGUAAAGAGGCGGCGAACAAAUGAUGCGCCUAUCACCCUGCUUGGAGAAAGCAAUCCAGCUGUGCAUGCGCAUGUGCAAGUGACCAAGUCAACUUCCUCUGAGCUAAUCUUCAAGGCCCUCCAAGAGAUACCUGACUUAGCCCGUGCUGAUAUUCUAAGAGCUUACAGUACUCUUACCCGUGAUGAUCGCCAGUUCGAAUCUCUUAUGGCGCUCCCAAUGGACAUGAGGAAGGAUUGGCUGCUCAUGGAGAUUGGAAACAAGUAAAGCUUGCUCCAGCGCUCCAACAUUAUGACUGAUUUACUGGAUUAGAUGUUGCCUGAUGGACCUUUUGAACUUGAACUAAUGAUCCCGAUGCUCCCAUCUGAGUAAUUAGCCUUGCUUAUAUUGGAAUUGUGUGAUGUCUGAUAUGUAUGGCGUUAUUCUGAUGUUAUUCACUAGUGUGGAGCCUGCUUAUUCCUUAACUGCAGUGUCGCUUACUUUUGGCUCUUGAGAACAUCUGAUAUGAGUUGUAAAUCUAUCCUAGAAAUUUCCUCGGAUGCAUGAGUUUCUGCUAUUGAUAGUUUGUAUUGAUGCAUUGACGCGUCUGUUCAA